AGGAAUAUGGGAUAAACUCCUCUAUCAAAGUUGCCAAGAUAUUAUUGGUGCAAGAAUUCUACAGCUUGUAAAAAUUAAUUUUAGUUUCGAUUUUUUGUUCUAUCUAAGCGUUGCAAGUUUUGAGCUUGAGGAGUAAAAAAAUUCUUCCUGAACGCUGAUAUUUUUGAAAUAUAACCUAGAUUUUAUAGCAGGAAGUAUAAAGCACUUGACAGAAUUAAACUGGCUACAGUCAAGUGACAUGAGUAAAGAGAAGAGGUCUUGUACUGGGGGACACCAAUUAUCGUUUCCUACAAAUAAGAUACAAAACUUCUAAUGAUGGACCCCUGUUACAGUGCCCAGGACGUAUUGCGAUGUGCCCUGUGUGAGACCGCUGUGGUACAGAUGCACUGUGAUACAUGUCUUGUCAACCUGUGUACAACGUGUGUAGGAAAACACAUGAUUUCUGAUGAAUCCAAGGACCACAAAGUCGUCAAAUACCAGGUCAAGAAAUCCACCCCCCUCUACCCUGAAUGUACAACUCACAGCAAAGAACAAUGCACUAUGUACUGUAAUCAAUGUGACAUUCCUGUGUGUGACACUUGCAUUGCAUCUCAUCAACAUCUUGGUCAUAAAUUUUUAACAAUUUUGCAAAUCCAGGAUGAAAAGAAGAACAAAAUAAUUAAAGAACAUACUGAAUUGAAAGAGACAAUUUUUCCCACCUACCAGGACAUUGCCUCUGAUGUACAAAACAGAAUCAGUCAGUUAGAAAAGGAAUAUGGAGAUCUCUCAACAGCCAUAACAAAACAUGGAGAGGACUGGCACAGAGAAAUUGACAAACUUGUCAAGAAACUUAAAGCUGAAGUUGAUGAAAUGAAAAACACACAGAUACAAACUCUACAGAAACAUAUGGAUGAAAUAAACAAGACAAUGUCUGACAUCAAGGAGGAAAUUAAUGCAUUUGAAAUUGCUAUAAACUUUAAUGACUUGUCAAAACUGUUCCGCGUUAAAUUCAAUGUAGAUAGAUACAAAAAGCUUCCACAAAAAAUUGUGCCAUCUGCACCUAAAUUCAUGCCAGGAAAAAAUCAAGAAAAAGAAUUUCAUGACACGUUUGGAGCUUUAACGCUAAGUUCUCUUACUUCAGAUGAACAAUCUUACAGUAUGAAGUUUUCACCACCAGAACCAGAGAUUGUCACCACCGUAGACACUUGGUAUGAUUACCUUUACAAUGUGGCAUGUCUGAGUGAUGAAGAAAUCUGGACAAGUGGAGAUGAAAACAUCAUGAAACUUUUCAGCAUCAAUCAGGGAUCACGACUCAGGUCAAUUACAACCAAGUCAGGGUACCCGCCAUCUAACAUAGCAGUGACAAAAAGUGGAGCUCUAAUUUAUACUGAUCUCAAUGUUAGAACUGUGAACAUUGUGAAGAAAAAAAAGAUAGAGGAGGUGAUCAGACUAAGGAACUGGAGACCUAACGGUGUCUGUAGUGCCUCCUCCGGUGACCUCCUAGUUAUCAUGUACAGUGAUGAUGUCACACAAACAAAAGUUGUCCGUUACUCUGGCUCCACAAAGAAACAAACCAUUCAGUUUGAUGAUAAAGGUAAACCUCUCUAUUCAUCUGGUGGUUAUUAUGACAGAUACAUCACGGAGAACAGGAACCUUGAUAUCUGUGUGUCUGACCAUAGAGCUAAAUCAGUAGUGGUUGUCAAUCAGGCCGGGAAACUGAGAUUCAGGUACUCUGGACAUACUCCUGCUCUAAAGAUCAAACCAAUCAGUCCACGAGGAAUCACCACAGACAGUCAGAGUCACAUCCUUACAGCUGAUUGUGACAAUGACUGUGUCCACGUCAUAGACCAGGAUGGACAGUUCCUCUGUUACAUCGACUGUGGACUGAGGAACCCCUGGGGACUGUGUAUAGAUACAAAUGACAAUCUGUUUGUUGCUGAAUGGAGAAACAAAAAGGUGAAGAAAAUCAUAUAUCUGAAGUGAUGUUAGUGUACUGUUUACCAUGUUAUAAUGAUGCAUUUUAAUGAUAGCUCAUACAAGUCAGUGUAUUUACUAAAGAUUGGUUUUACAUAUACAGGUAGUCAUAUUCCUUUUCUUGUCAAAGAUGAAUAUCAAAUGAUGAAUGUGUCAUCAUGUGUUUGAUAUUUAUGUAACAUAUGUUUGAUAUUUAUAUAACAUAUUUUUUCUUCAAAAAACUGUGUCUUAAAGUACUACUUCUCUGAUUAGGCAUCACUAAACUUUGCCGAAAUAUAGUUUUAAAUAAGUCCAGGAAUAUUACAGAUUUGUGUGUGCUAAAUCAUUUGAGGUAACUAUUCCACAAACCUCUCCUGAAGAUUGAAACCACCCCCGAAAAAAGAAAUCAUAGUUUAAACACUGUUUAAUGAACAUAAUAAAAUCAUCAACAUUUUUUUCUGCUUAUAUUUGGAAUUCAUGUAAUGAUAUAGAUCCAAGUAUCUCUGGAUCAUUAUCUUUUUUUGUUGACACUGACAAUCAAGUCAUGCUUUUCUGUCCGAAGAAAAAUAAUUUAUAACCAAAGAAAAAUAAUUAUAUGCAAGUGUAUUCUAAGUUAAUUAAUUAAUUAAGGAGGUAUUCUACACCAAAAUUUUAUUUUUAUUUACUUGAUCUUAGAAACAUCUCUAGACUUUUGAAACUUUGUAUAUAAAUCCGAAUCUCUUUGCAAAAAUGUUAUCAUGAUUAUACUUAUCACUCAAAGAGUAAGUUGUUGAUUCACUCUGCUUACCUCAUAUCAACAAACUGUCAAUCCUACAACCAGUGUACGGUGUAAGGUUAAUGUUUCAUUCAUCUCCCCUGUAUCUGGUUUUAGUUGGAUUUUACACUUGUAAAACUCCCCAGUAACAAGUUGAUGGUAUAACCUGUAACAGAUACAUGUAUGUUAGUUCGCAUUUUCACUUACCUCCCCAGUAACAAGUUGUUUGCCAUCAGGAGAAAAAGCCAGUGAGGUGAUAUUCUUUUUUUAAGGUAUUCAAGAUGUGGGACUGUUUAUUACGUCGAGGAUUGAAUAA